CUUCGGUCUAGCACGCGCUAUCGGUCCCCUUCUCUUGCUUCUCAAGCACUGUUCUGAACGCGUCGUUUGUUGGAAUCCGACCAAUAAAUGUGCGCGCGCCAGUAAUAGUGCAACGGCAGCAGUAGUGGCCUCACUUCGCAUAGUCACAACUUGUUCGGCUAUCGAACUGCGUGUUUUCAUUUCGUGUAGAGUGUGGCGUAUAUACGGCAAGUUUAAGUUUUGCGUGCGUGUCAUCGGUUGCAUCCAUAUACACAUACAAUCAUUCCACGGUAUUCUCUUUUUUCCCUUACGUGCGUGAUAUAAUCGGGUGUGCUGAUCUCACGCGUGCGCGCAUUUUCCGGUGCAAUAAGUGAUCAUUCGACAUUAAAAAAAAAAGAAGAAUGAUGGUAGGAGCUAUGCGAUUUUCGUGGAUAUUCAUAGCCACUGUAAUCCUGGUUUUAACCAUAGGAGUGAAAUGCAAAAGAAAAUUUGAUGGAGAUUUCGAAUUUGCUGAAGAGGAUGACACCCGUAUAAUGAAAGUUGGAGAUAAAAAACGUUGGAUACAUGAUCCAAAUAGUGAGCUUUGUCGCCCUCUGAACUGCAAGAAAAAGGAACUUUGCCUCUUGGAAAACAUGUUUACUGCUGUCUGCGUCUCGAAAAAGGAGCUUCAUAAAUCAGGGGAUAUAGUAAUUCCAAAGUCUCGUGCAAUUCAACAACGACGAAUGAAAACCAAAGUUUCAAUCGAUUCUGAAGACGACGAUGCUUUUUUUGAUUCCGAAGACGAUGACGAUGAUCAGGAUGAAUCAAAGUGCCAAGAAUGUCCCGUGGUGAAGCCUACGUUUCUUUGCGGAAACGACAAUCGUACAUACAGUUCGCCAUGCCGUCUCGAAUACCAUAACUGCAUUCACCAUACUUCCGUCCAUAUUGCUUGCAAAGGUUUUUGUCCAUGUAAAGUCACUGAUAUGCGUUUGUACUCGAAGAAGAUGCAGAUGCAGAGAAAGAAGAUGCUCAUGGGUAAGAUUGGGCACAACCAUGACAUUACCUUCAUGCCUCGCGACUUCAGUUAUGACAAUCAUCAUUACCAGUAUCUCAAGUACACUAAACAUGGCAAAGAUCUCGCUAUCGCGAACAGCUAUGAUGACAAGCAUCUGAAUAACAAAGUCACGGAUAAAUCUCAGUUUAAAGCAAUAUACAAUGUUCAGUUACCGUCCAAAAAUACCGAUUGCCCAUCAUCAUCCAAGCCUGCGAUGGCUAAUCGUCUUUUAGAUUGGUUCUCUGUUGUGAUGAUGGAUUCCAAGCAUCGCCGUCAACAUACUAAGUCUAAAGGUCACUUUCCUAUCGGUUGUCAGAGCGAAGUUAGGUGGAUGUUCGGACAUUUGGACAGUGACAGCGAUAGCCGACUUUCACUCUCCGAGUUAUAUGGUCUGGAACAUGAUCAGAAUGAACCGUGUUUGAAACCAUUCCUGGAUAGUUGUGACGCAGACAGCGAUAUUUUCAUAAGCGGAUCUGAGUGGUGUGGAUGUUUCUCCAAGGCCGAACGUCCAUGUACCGCUGUGCGCAGACGAUCAUCACCGGAUUCUGCACCUAUUUGCGAUUCACGAGGAUAUUAUCGUAGCACUCAGUGUCAUCAUGGUCUUGGUCUUUGUUGGUGCGUCGAUCCUCACGGGGUUGAAUUUGCUGGUACCAGAAUGCGUGGUGCAAAGCCUGAUUGCGACACGAUUGUAAACAAGAUCAGCAGCGGUGGACUCAAGACCAAUAAUGUAGAUCUCGAUGAUGAUGAAGAUGAUGAUACCGAUUCUGCUCAAGAUCUUGAAGGCUCGGCUGAUCAACCUCUAGAUUUUUAGAUGCAUUACCUAUACAUUCUCGAGGAGGCGGCAAGUAAUAGAAGUACAGCAUCUUAAUCGCAAAAUAAAAUAAAAGCAAAAAUCAACUUACCAUUAAAGAAGAAUGAUGUACGCAUUCAGUCUACGUCGUCCACUAUCUUCGUAAAUAGCCGUUGUAAUCGGAAUAUCCUCCAUAUAAUCAUCGGGCCAUCUGUCGAUCCUAUCGAGAUCCACACAUGAUAAACGAAAUGUAAGCCUAAAUGAGUUCCGAGAACAACGAAAAACACGACGAUCAUUAAUUAUGAGAAGAUCGGAUCUAAAACGUGUUGCACAGAACAAAUAACGAUCAUUGUUGAAUUUUAAUGACUUCAAUCUUUCUUUAUUCUAGUUAAAAAAUCUCAACAUCAUCAACAUUAAUGUAGAAAAUGUCUCCCAUAAAAGCCGUUGCAUAAUUGCGCACACAUUCCGUAAGCGGCAUUUGCAAACUACGAGUCUACGCAAGUCAUAGAUCUUAUAUAUACAUAUACAUAUAUACAAGGUGUCCCAUAAUUCGCGGAUCACCUCUCGUGUCCAUAUAAAGCAUGUUAAACUGGAUAGGAAAGUCCUCUACCGUUUUGCGAUUUUCACGAUAAUUAAUAAGAAAUUAAUUAAAAAAGUAGGGCAAUCCGCGCCUUGUACAAGCGCGCGACGAGAAGAGACAUCCUACUGUAAUGUGAUACUAGGCGUGUGGUGAAACGGUGAGGGGAGUGUUCUACAUGCUCGUACGUAACCAUCGUAAAGCGUCCAUCCCUCCGCUUCGCCGAGCGUCUAGUAUCACGUUAUAUUAGGACGUCUCUUUUCGCCGCGCGCUUAUGCAAAGCGCGGAUUAGCCUAUCUUUUUAAAUUAAUUUCUUAUUAAUUGUCGUGAAAAUCGUAAAACGGUAGAGGACUUUACUAUCCAGUUUAACAUGUUUUAUAUGCACAUGAGAAAUG